AUGGAAGUCUAUGUGGGCCAUGUAGAAGAUUAUGGUUUUAUUGAUAAGUUUAGUAUUUUUGCAGAUGAGACUGAUGACUAUGAGAACUACUACUAUACAGAAGCGAAGCAGGACACCAACCUCCAGCAGGAGCUCUCAGAGGAAUUUAGCUGGAUGGAGAAAUCUUUAGGUGUCUUCGAUUACAUGACAGACUCAUGCUACUCCAACCCCUGCAAGAAUGGUGGUACGUGUGAAGCCAAGGGAAGUGACUUCAGCUGUCACUGCCCCAAGCCAUACGGUGGGACUACAUGUGAAAAAGUGGAGGACAUGUGUCUGGAGAAGAACUGCCACUUUGGUGACUGCCUGGUAAUAUUAACCCCACCUUAUUUUAAGUGCAGCUGCAAGCCUCCCUACAAGAGACCCUCCUGCCAGCGCGCAUCCAAACAGUGCAGCCCAAACCCUUGCAAAAAUGGAGGCACCUGUAUACGGAACAGAUACAGAUCAAAAUUCACCUGCAAGUGCCCUGAACCUUUCAGAGGGAGAUUCUGCGAGAUCGGACCAAAUGAUUGUUAUGAAGAGGACUCCUCUACUUAUAGAGGUAGAGUGAGCCAAGCAGAAAAUGGCAGGACCUGCCUGCACUGGAAUUCCCACCAUCUCUUGGACCAUCCUUUUAAUGCCUUUAUGGAGGAUGCUGACUCAUAUGGCAUUGGUGAACACAACUUCUGCAGGAAUCCUGAUGAGGAUGAAAAACCCUGGUGCUACAUCAGGAAAAAUAAUGAAGUGGAUUGGGAAUACUGUGAUGUUUCACUCUGCGCGGCUGAAGAGACCCCGACAGAGCCCCCUACAGACCCCCCUGAAGUAUUCCAAACAUGUGGACAACCAGAAGUUCGUAGGACACUCAAGAAGAUCUAUGGUGGAUCCAAGGCUACAGCUGGAAAACAUCCCUGGAUGGCAUCUCUGCAGAUACAGACUCCAGAUGGGAAUAAACAUUUCUGUGGUGGAGUGCUAAUUAAAUCAUGCUGGGUUCUUACUGCUGCACACUGCCUUGAAAACCUAGAAACAAAGAUCCAAGUAGCCCUUGGCAAGCAAAACCUCAAGAAGAAAGAGGAUCAUGAGCAAAUAUUUGAUGCAGUGGAAGUAAUUUUACAUGACAAAUACAGAGAGGAGAUGGGUCGUGCCCUAUACAAUGAUAUCGCACUGCUUAAACUGCAGCCUGUUGAUGGCUACUGCGCAGUGGAAACAAAGUAUGUGAAAAUAGCAUGUCUCCCAGACUUCUUCCUUCCUGCUGGAACUUCCUGCUUCAUUGCUGGAUGGGGUGACACAGAGACAGGUGACCCAUCCCAUCAGCUGUUAGAUGCCAAUGUCAGGCUGAUUUCGCAGAGGAAAUGCAAUGAACCCAACAUACAUCAUGACAAACUGGACGAUAGCAUGUUUUGUGCAGGACGUCUUCGGAAACCCGGAAUCGAUUCUUGUCAGGGAGACUCUGGAGGCCCACUGACUUGUGUAGCAAAUGGCUCCUACUACGUAUAUGGCCUUGUGAGCUGGGGUGAGGGAUGUGGGUUAAAAAACAAGCCAGGAGUUUAUACCCAGGUGACAAAAUUCACCAGUUGGAUUAAUGCUGUAAUUCAGUAUUCAUCGAGGUCACGUCAGUAG